GGUAGAGAAGUCGGUGAACUUUAUGUAGAAUAUGUCUAAAAUGAAUUUAUCUCUCACCAAUUGGUUGAGAGAAUAGCACGUGAUUUGUUACUAUAUAAAUUAUUCGUCUUCAAUCGCAGUAAAUCGUUUGUCUGUGUGCAAUUUCUGUAAAAUAAAAUGCCAGCCACAAGAUCAAGAAUUAGUUCCGAACAUACCGAAUUAAUAAAUAAAAGGCUGAAAAAAGAAGAAGGAUUAGACGAACAAGACUUAUCUCCAGCGAAAAAAGAACCUGAAGUAACAGAAAGUAAAGAAAAAGAAGAAACUGAAACUGAAACUAAGGAAAAUGGAGAAUUAAAUCAUGGACAGAAAAGAAAGUCAAGUGAAGAUGAGAAAGAGAAAGAUGAUACAGAAAAUAUUCCAGAGAAGAAAUCUAAAACAGAAGAAUUAAAUGAAUCUGAAAAAGAAUCUGUUCCCCCUCUUGAAGCAACAGUAGAAUCUAGUGUUUAGUUAUUUUAUUUAUUAUAAUUUUCAUAUAUUUAUUGAUGUUUAUAUCAUCAUCAUAGACAUAUUAUUGUAUUCAUUAUUUUAAAUAAAUGGUUAUGUAUACAGAGGAAAAUGUAUUUAAUAAUUUUAUUAUAAAUGGUAUGUAUAAAAAAUAUAUUUUUAAGUAAGACAUUCUAAAAAAAAAUAAACAGUACAAAAUAAGCAAAAUGGUUAAUCAUGGGAAAAAUAUAUAUAUGUAGGAUAUUUAUUCAUUUGAACCUUCCUAAUCAGGACAUAAGUGCUAAAGUUCUGUAAUAUCAGAUACUAAUAAAUGAAUAGAAUGAGAAAGAAUAUGUUGAAUAAAUAGAAAAACUUUCCAAAUGAGUAGUUUUUGUUUCAACAAUGAAAAAUUGAUUAUAUACCGUAA